UACACCCGUUCCGCUGACAUUUGACAGUUGUCGAGCUCGACCUCUAACCCCAUCGGCUGCGCGAUGUGCCCCCAGCUCUGAAAACCCCUUUUCAGAUAUGCUCCACCGCACUCGCAGUCGCCCCCCAUCAACCCCCAUCUCGACCUUUGACAGUUCGUAAAAUGCUCAAAGCCCGCAAAAAUGUCCGUAUUUUUCAAAAACACCUGUCAGUUUAGCAACUGCAGAAGGAACUUCUUCACCCUGUCAGACUUGAUUUUGCACAUCGAGGGCGAACAUCUAGAUUUCGACCCGUUCAGGAUCGAGCGGCUCGAAGAAGAGAAGCCCGAAAGUCUGCCUUUAAGCUACGUACUUAAGUACGGCGGUCCGGACGAUGCUCCGCCGGUUUACUCGACUCAAGUCUCUUUUGUGAACGAAGCUGUGAUACAACAAGUGGAUGACGUUACGGAAAUGGUGACGACAUUCAAUAACAAUUACUUAAGUGAUUUCAGGGAGGUGAAGGAGAGGAAAGUGAGACUGAACAAGGACGAGUUCUCGCAAGUUUUGGGAGGUAACAAACUCUUCACUCUGGACCACAGUCACAAGAAGCCGUUCGCUUGUAACAUGAAAGGGUGCGAAAAAAGGUACAAGAACGUAAAUGGGAUUAAGUACCAUUACAAGAAGCACCACAAGAUGUUAAUCCCCACUUUGAAGAAGAGCUUGCUGAAGCAUAAGUCGGUUCUGACCCCGAAGAGCAAGUUCGAGAAGCACGACAUGCACGGGGUUCCCCUGUACAGCUACAAGAUGGGCAAUGACGUCAUGUACCAGAACAACCAGAUGCACCGUUUCGAAGACUACGACAUCCCGAACGAGUACUUCUACAAACUCAACUCUCUGCCUACCUCUGAUGUACACUUUUCCUCAAAUCAAGUGCCAUUACCAAACAUGAGCUUUAACUACUAUAAUAUUGCCGAAGUCGGCGAUGUUGAGGAUUUUUCAGGGAAAAAUUCCGGUUUUUUCGUACCCAAUUUUGAGAAGUUUUAAUUCUGUGAUUUGUAGUAUUUACGACUGAUUAAGUAUAUAGGAACGAUUGUGAUAAUACUGACAAGUAUUAAUUCGUUUUUCGUUAGCGUUCGUUAGAUUCUCGAAUGAUUUAUUUUUGUUAUUUUGAAGUUAGGUUUAUUUCCUACAGGACGAUGAUUUUUGUGUUUGUCGACAGCGCUGGUGUUGUUGUUUUUAAGUUUUGAGAGGUUAUGUUCCGUUGACGUCGUCCUGUAGAUUACUAUCGGGAUGUGAUAACAUGGCGAAAGUCAAAGGUACUGAUAAUUUAGAGGAUUUUUGUGGUCUUUUCGUGUAACUGCGAACAAAUAAAUGUUUUCUUUGGA